CUGGCAUUCGGGUUUCGGGAUAUGGAAGUAGAAGCAAGCAGCAGCAAGAGAAAAAGCGACGCGAGCAAGCAGCGUUUAAUAGCCGAGAGUGGCGGCCGUUGCAUGAGCACGCAGGCCAUGCAAUCGCUUUACGACUUCCGACAGAACAAUCUGCUCUGCGACGCGGUCUUGCGGCUGGAGGACGGCGGGGUCUUCCCGAUUCACCGGGCCAUACUCUCAGCGUGCAGCACAUACUUCAGGGCUCUGUUCACGACAACGUUGCACUCCCGUGAGAAGACCGACGUUCUCCUGCCGGGCGUCACGAGCCCAAUGAUGACUCUCCUGCUGGAGUACGCGUAUCUGCGCUCGAUCGACAUAAAUCGCGAAAACGUGUGCGAUCUGUUGACCAGCGCGGAUUACCUGAACAUCCUGGGCGUGCUUGAUCUGUGCUGCGACUAUCUGCGAGACAACCUGGCGCCGGAGAAUUGCAUCGGCAUGAUGAGAUUCGCCCGUCAGUACUUUUGCAAGAAGCUGGAGGACGACGCUUACCGCUUCAUCGUGGGGCACUUUGUCGAGGUGCAAUUUCAACGAGAGAGAGAGAGAGAGAGAGAGAGAGAGAGAGAGAGAGAGAGAGAGCUGCACUCGCAUGCUCGUGACGCUCUCGUGAUGGAGGACGACGCUCCAAUCUCUCCUUCUCUCCGAUUUGCGCCUCAGGUGUCUCAGAGAAACGAGGAGAUCCUGCAUUUGCCGAUCGAGGAGCUGCGAUCCUUGGUCGGUGCGAACGAAUUGAACGUGAAGAGCGAGCAGACGGUCUGGGAGCUGGUGCUGAGAUGGAUAAAUCACGAGCCGGAGUCCAGGAAGGAGCACAUAGUCGACCUCAUGCGGAACAUUCGGCUCGGUCUGCUGGACACGCAGUUCUUCUUGGAAAACGUCAAGGAUCAUCCGUACGUCGUGGGCAACGACGCGUGCAGGCCGAUCAUCAUCGAGACUCUCAAGUUCCUCUACGACCUCGAGAUGAUCACGCAGAAAGACGGGGAGGUGCCGACGCCGGAGAUCGCGCGACCCCGAGUCCCGCACGAGAUUCUCUUCGCCAUCGGUGGCUGGAGCGGCGGCUCACCGACCAACUACAUCGAGACGUACGACACCAGGGCGGAUCGCUGGAUCCCGAUCGACGAAACAGAUCCGACCGGGCCACGAGCUUAUCACGGACUCGCGGUGGUUGGUUUCGACAUCUACGUGAUCGGAGGCUUCGACGGCGUCGAUUACUUCAACAGUUGCCGUUGCUUCAACGCGGUGACCAAGCUGUGGCGAGAGGUCGCUCCUAUGAACGCCAGAAGAUGCUACGUUAGCGUGGCGGUCUUGAACGAUCUGGUUUACGCGAUGGGAGGCUACGACGGGCACAAUCGGCAAAAUACGGCGGAACGUUACAAUUACAAGACGAAUCAGUGGUCCCUCGUCGCGCCGAUGAACGUACAGAGAUCUGACGCAAGCGCCACUACUUUGAACGACAAAAUAUAUAUUACGGGUGGCUUUAACGGACACGACUGCAUGAAUACGGCCGAGGUGUACGAUCCAAACACCAAUCAGUGGACGAUGAUAAGCGCGAUGAGGUAUCGCAGGAGCGGUGUGUCGUGCAUAUCUUAUCACGGCUGCGUUUACGUUAUCGGAGGCUUCAACGGGAUAUCGAGGAUGUGCAGCGGCGAAAAGUACAGGCCUUCCACAAACAGCUGGAGUCACAUCCCCGAUAUGUACAAUCCGCGCAGCAACUUUGCCAUCGAAGUCAUCGACGACAUGAUCUUCGCCAUCGGCGGCUUCAACGGCGUCACUACGACGUAUCAGGUGGAGUGCUACGAUGAGAAAACGAACGAAUGGUAUGAGGCGACAGACAUGAAUAUAUGCAGAUCGGCAUUGUCGGCCUGCGUGAUUAUGGGUCUGCCGAACGUUUACGACUACAUACACAAGCAUCGCGAGCGGCUGAUGGAGGAGAAACGCCAAAAAUUGCUGGCUCAUGACGUGCGCCGAGGUCAGCAGCAGCAGCAGCAGCAGCAGCAACAGCAACAGCAACAGCAACAGCAGCAGCAGCAGCAGGAGCGAACGCGACAAAAUUUGCAGCUCAGCCCAAUCGUGCCGGCACCACCGCCUCUGCCGUGGACAAAUGUGAACGAUAAUAACAACAAUCGACGGCUUUAAACGCCCGGCCGAGUCGUCACUCUCUAAAUCGACCGUGUCACACAUCUGCGCCCGUCUAAUUGGCUCCAUGCAAAUUUAAGGAUUACUGACAGAGACCUAGCGAGAAUGACGACCCUGGGAAAGAGAAGAAUGAAAGAAAUUCAUUCCGGGGACUGUUGUCAGCCGCAAAACGUCACGCUCUCA